AUGCAUUAUUCACCAUUGGUCUCUUUUCUGCUCUUUGGAUCUGCCACAGCAUGGCUUCCUCAUGAGCGUGACCUAGCAUCGUUCAAUCAAACUGCCCGAUUUGAACAACUCGGGAAACGCUUCAAGCCAAAACUGGCUGAUGGUAUUACAAAGAUUCGCGGUGUCAACUUUGGCGGCUGGCUUGUCUGUGAACCAUGGCUCCAAAGAAAUACCUGGGAAAACUCCCUCAACUGCGGCGACUCUGAGUCUGAAUUCGACUGUAUGAAUGACCACUACAAAGGCGACAAUCGCGAAACAGGAAACAAACGUUUUGAAGAGCACUGGAAGACAUGGAUUGACCCAGCUACAGUCCAGUCUGUUCACGAUGUUGGCCUAAACACCAUUCGAAUUCCCAUAGGAUACUGGUCUUACACGGACAUCGUGGACAAAGAGUCUGAGCCAUUUGCUGAUGGAGAUCGAAUGCUGCCUUAUCUCGAUGCUGUCGUAAAGAAAGCUGCUGAACUUGGUAUCUAUGUCAUCAUAGACCUUCACGGCGCUCCUGGUGGACAGCAGGAAGAUGUAUUCACAGGCCAGAAUAACAAACCAGCUGGCUUCUUCAAUGACUAUAAUUUUGGACGCGCCGAGAAGUGGCUUGCUUGGAUGACGGAUCGUAUCCAUAGGAACCCUGAUUAUUCAUCUGUUGGUAUGAUUGAGGUUCUCAACGAACCUGUUUCUCGUCAUGAUGGAGGCAACCGAUACCCUGCCCCAGGUCAAGAUCCGGGUCUUAUUGAGAAGUACUAUCCCGCAGCCCUAAAGGCUGUUCGAGACAAGGAAGCUAGCCUCCAAGUCUCCGACGACAAGAAACUUCAUGUUCAGUUCAUGUCGAGCAAAUGGGAUUCUGGCGACGCUCGUACUCAAUCAUCCAUAGCCAACGAUGCACUCACAGCUUUCGAUGACCACAACUACAUCGGCUUCGCUCUGAAUGAUGACCAGCACAGCAAUGCGGACCCUUACAAGCUUAUGCACAGUGCUUGCACCGACUCGCGAGUUGUAGACGGCCAAGACUUUACGUUUACUGGAGAAUGGAGUAUGACGUCGGACUAUGACUGGAAGGAUAAGGAGUUUUUUAAUAAGUUCUUUACUGCGCAGCAGCAGUUGUAUGAGGAGCCUGGUAUGUCUGGGUGGGUGUAUUGGACGUGGAAAACCGAGACAAAUGAUCCUAGAUGGACGUAUUCGUAUGCUACAUCCUUGGGAUAUAUUCCUACUGAUGUGGAAGGGCUGCAGAAUAAUGUUUAUCGGGAUGUUUGUGCUGGUUAUAGAUAG